AUGGCUGCCCACAUCAGCACUGUCGGCCACCAGAAUGCCCUGUACGACGCCACCACGACCAACGAGAAGCUGCACUCGAUCAAGGAUCUUCCAAAGUCAAACAACUUCACCACGAACCUCCCGCCGGACCAGAACUUCACCACUCCGGCGAGCUCGCAUGCUGCCGAACGCAGGGAACUCGGCCCUCGCCUGGUGAAAGGCGCCCUCUACACAUACGUUCGCCCCGACCCUCCAAGCAAAUACGAAGUUCUCGCCGUGUCGCCGGCUGCUCUACAGACCCUCUCUAUCGACCCGUCUUCGGUAGAGUCACAAGACUUCCAAGACACCGUGUCUGGCAACAAGAUCCUGACAUGGGACGAAGCAGAGGCUUCAGAGUCGAACAUGCUGCCAGAGGAGCAGCAGCGACGAGAACAGAUCUAUCCAUGGGCACAAUGCUACGGCGGCUACCAGUUUGGUCAAUGGGCUGGUCAGCUAGGUGACGGGCGUGCCAUUUCUCUGUUCGAGGCUACAAACCCCAACUCGAACGUGCGAUACGAAGUACAACUCAAAGGCGCAGGCAAGACACCAUACAGUCGAUUUGCCGACGGCAAAGCUGUCCUGAGGAGCAGUAUUAGAGAGUUCGUUGUUAGUGAGAGCUUACACGCUCUCGGUAUUCCCUCCACUCGUGCAUUAGCUUUGACAUUUACCCCCGAGGACAAGGCUCUCAGAGAACGCAUUGAACCCGGUGCUAUCGUCACUCGUUUUGCUCAAAGCUGGCUUCGCUUUGGUACUUUUGACCUUAUCCGCACUCGUGGCGACCGUCCUCUGCUACGAAAACUGGCAACAUACGUUGCUGAAGAUGUCUUUGGUGGUUGGGAGAAUCUUCCAGGUGCCCUAAAGGAAGGAGACAUGGCCGAGACCGCCGUCGAUCCAGCAUGUGGUGUCGCGGCAAGCACGUUACAAGGCGAGAAUGAACAUGAAGAAAACCGCUUCGUCCGUCUCUAUCGCGAGAUCGCCCGUCGAAACGCAAAGACAGUCGCUUGCUGGCAAGCUUACGCUUUCACAAACGGUGUUCUGAACACAGACAACACGUCCAUCUUCGGAUUGUCGGUUGACUUUGGCCCCUUCGCUUUCCUUGACAACUUUGACCCUAGCUAUACACCCAACCACGACGACCACAUGCUACGCUACAGUUACCGCAAUCAGCCAAGUAUUAUCUGGUGGAACCUGGUCCGUUUGGGCGAGGCUCUCGGCGAACUGAUUGGUGCCGGUGCUCGCUGCGACGACGAAGAGUUCGUCAACGAAGGUGUCAGCAAGACCUGGUCCGCCGAGCUGAUCAAGCGUGCCGAAACACUGAUCGAGAAGACCGGAGAAGAGUUCCGCGCGGUAUUCCUAGCAGAGUACAAGCGUCUCAUGACUGCCCGACUCGGCCUCAAGCAAUGCAAAGAUACAGACUUUGACAACCUGUACUCUGAACUGCUGGAUACUCUGGAAGCACUGGAGCUGGACUUCAACCACACUUUCCGCAAGCUCAGCAAUAUGAACAUGUCAGAGAUCGAGUCAGAGGAGCAGAGAAAAGAAGUCGCCGGCCGUUUCUUCCACAGCGAAGGCCUCGGUGCCACUGUAGGCGCCAGCGAGGCAGAAGCCAGAACCAGGAUCGCAAAAUGGCUCGAGCAAUGGCGCAACCGUGUCAUUGAGGAUUGGAGCGAAGGCAAGGACGCCGAGCGCCAGGAAGCCAUGAAGAAGGUCAACCCAAAGUUCAUCCCUAGAUCAUGGAUCCUCGACGAAUUGAUCGAGAGAGUUGAGAAGAAGGGCGAGCGUGAGAUCCUCCAAGGUGUUAUGAAGAUGGCCCUCAACCCCUUCAAGGAAGAAUGGGGCUGGAACAAGGAAGAGGAAGAUAGAUUCUGUGGUGACGUGCCCCAUAUCAAGCGUGCGAUGCAGUGCAGCUGCAGCUCGUGA